GAAUUAAUCUGCACUUCAAAACUCAACACACACAAUUCAAUUUUCUGCACACAUCCUCAAAACCCACAAGCUUUCGCUAUGUCUAACUUGGAAUAUUUCAACUACGAGGGCUAUGGAGAAACUACUGCCAAGCAAAACUUCUGGUACAGCCAAGCUGUUCGUGUAGGAGACAUUAUCGAAUGCUCUGGCCAAGGUGGAUGGGACCGUAUCACCGAGAAAAUCCCCUCCGACAUCGAAAAGCAAAUCGAGCAAGCCUUCGAAAACGUUGAGGCUGCAUUAAAGACCGCCGGUUCCAAAGGUUGGGAAGAUGUAUUCUCGUUGACCUCGCAUCAUAUGCCAAUGAGCGAUAAAGCUAUGGAGAUUAUGGUCCGAUUGUUGAAGAAAUAUUGCCCAAAUCACCAGCCGAUAUGGACCUCACUCGGAGUUCCUGCGCUCGCGUUUCCGGACAUGAAGGUUGAGAUUGAAGUCAGAGCUUAUUCUCCAAAGAAGUGAAAUGGGAUUAAAAGUUCGGAAUAUUAGGGUUUCAAAAGUGCAAUCUUGGCUUUGGAGUUAUAUCUCUUGGAUGUUUUUGAGCCAGCAAGGAAAGAAACUUGUGCCACUACAUGACUUUCAAUUUACAAAAAUAUCAUCAAUUAGGAAUUUGAAACGUGUCGCUUAACA